UUCGUUUUUCCUCGUAGUCACCUCCACCCCAUGGAACCAGGUAACAAUACACAAUUUUCUGAAUUUUUUCUUCUGGGAUUCUCAGAAGAUCCAAAAUUGCAGCCCCUUAUCUAUGGGCUUUUCCUCUCCAUGUACCUGAUCACUGUGUUUGGAAACCUGCUCAUCAUCCUGGUCACCAUCUCUGACUCCCACCUUCACACCCCCAUGUACUUCUUCCUCUGCAACUUGUCCUUUGUAGACAUCUGCUUCACCUCCACCACUAUCCCUAAGAUGCUGCAGAAUAUCGAGAACCAGAGCAAAGUCAUAACCUAUGAAGGCUGCAUUGUCCAGGUGUAUUUUUACAUAUUCUUUGCAGGAUUAGAUGACUUCCUCCUGACAGUGAUGGCCUACGACCGCUUUGUGGCCAUAUGCCAGCCCCUGCACUACACAAUCAUCAUGAACCCUCGGCUCUGUGGACUGCUGGUAUUGGUGUCCUGGAUGAUGAGUGCUAUGUAUUCCUUGUUACAAACUUUAAUGGCCUUGCAGUUGACCUUCUGUACAGAGGUGGAAAUUCCCCACAUUUUUUGUGAACUCAAUCAGAUGGUCCAACUUGCCUGUUCUAACACCUUUCUUAAUGACAUGGUGAUGUAUUUGGCAUCAGUGCUACUAGCUGGUGGGCCGUUUGCUGGUAUCCUUUACUCUUACUCUAAGAUAGUCUCUGCCAUACGAAGAAUCUCAUCGACUCAGGGAAAGUUUAAAGCAUUUUCCACUUGUGCAUCUCAUCUCUCAGUUGUCUUUUUAUUUUAUUGUAUGAGCCUAGGAGUGUACCUUAGCUCUGCUGCUACACACAGCUCACACUCAAGUGCAAUAGCCUCCGUGAUGUACACUGUGGUCACACCCAUGCUGAACCCCUUCAUCUACAGUCUGAGGAACAACGACAUAAAGAGGGCUCUGAAGAGAGUCUAUGGAAUAGUAGCUAUAAAAAGGCCAAUUGUCCUUGGGCAGAUGAAGUGCCCUUGACUGCAUUUCUCAAAGCCUGAGAAUCAUUAAUUGUGACACUUUCCUCAGUGUGGAAUAAAAAUUGCUCCUUCUACUUAUUUCCUUGGAUAUCCAUUUUUAUAAAAAUUCAACUUUUCUAAACAAUCUUGGUUACUCACUUCAUUAAAGAUUCUUUUCAUUCAAUCAUUUAGGUAUUUUUUUUUAAGUUGUGCUUUUUCCUACUUCAAAAUUUUCCAAACUUUGAAUAUAAAAUAUUUGGACAUUUCUAUUUUUUAUGGAGUGACACGAGGAAUAAUACUUUCUUAAAUGACAAAUGUCAUCCUGAGUAAUUUUUGCCUUGCUCUGGAAAAAAAAUGUCAUGAGAUAUAUUACUAAUGUAAAAAAGUAUACAAGUGAAAACCAAGGCAAUUUAUAUAAUUUAAUAAAAGGGUUGACUGAAUCAGAGGGUGUGGAGCUAUGGAUAAGGAGGGUUGAUUGCAAUGUUACAGGCAGAUUUUCAAUUGCACAAGGUGCCAUUGCUCCAAACUCUGCAUUAUUCAAGGGUAAAUCUUUCUAUAUGUAUAGCGUGUGUAUAUAUCUCAUGAUCAAAGAUGACUCACUAGAGAGCUUGACUGCCUAUCCAGUCAUGUGGUUCAGUUCACAAUUUGUGCAAACAUGUUUGCCAAUAUCCUGCUUACCUGGGAGGAAACUGCAAUGGAAUAACUUUUUAAUAUAAUUUUCUGUAAUACAAUUAAAAAGCAGUAGUGAAUGCUAUCUUUAAAUAUCAGAAUCAAUGCAUAGUAUGAGAUUAUUGAAGUUGAUCUCAGUUCUAUACCAUUUUUAAUUUUAUUCAGUUACUUUUUGCUGCAUAACCAUUCAUCCUAACAGUAACUGCUCUAAUAUGAUGUUUUUAUUAUCAAAUGAGAUUUAAUAUUAAAGAGUUGUUCUGAUCUCUGCUGGAUUUCUCAUGAGUCUAUGUUUCUCAUCAAUUCUAUAUCUUGGAACUCUAAAGCUCAUCCAUAAGGUUGUAUGGAGCCAGGUAGCAAUUAUUUUUUUCAUUAAUAUAUGAUAGUCUACUCCAUUUUUUGUGUAAUUUAAUCUUAUGCUUAUGCAUGUGUCCUCAGUGGUGUCUGAUCUUUGUGACCCCAGGAACUGUAGCUCAUCAGGCUCCUCUGUCCAUGGGAUUCUCCAGGCAAGAAUACUGGAGUGGGUUGCCAUUUACCCUUCUGGGGAUUUUUGUGAUCCUGGGAUCGAACCUACAUCUCCUGCAUCUCCUGCAUUGGCAGGUGGAUUCUUAACCACUGAGCCCCCUGGGAAGCCCCAAUUUUAACCUUAUAGCUUGUGCGGAAAAGUUUAUCAUCGGUGACAUCAGUAUUACGGUGGCAGAAGACACUCCCUUUGUUUCUCCCCUCAAUCUACAACUUGUAGAUAACAUCAUUUAUAAAUAAAGUUUUUUUUUUUUUCUACCCAACACAUCGGGACACCAGAGAUACACACAGUUGUACAUCUGAAGGUGAGCGGAUUUUUCACAUGGAGGAAGUGGAGCCAGGGGAACAGCAGAGGCAGUGAUGCUGAUCCCAGCCCAUGGCUGAGGCAGCUAAGCUCACAGCCCCAGAGCACCUGGGAGUCCCACUGGAGGUGGUGCCCGUAACCCUGGCCUCCAGGAUGCAGUGGCACAUGCAGCCCCAGGGAACCAGAUAUCAGUGGGGGUGGGGGGAGGCUCAAGCAAGGUCACCCUGCAUGUGGUAAGAGCAACUACCACUCUGGGAACCCCCAGCAAAGAUGCCAGCCACAUCAGGGACACUGACAACACCAGGUCACCAGUGAUGCUGGCGGCACAAACAUUGAUGGGAAGGACAAUGACAAUGCCUCUGGAAGAGGCCAUGAAAUGCAAAAAAUGUAGUUCCUCAAAUAUAGCCAGGAGCAGCUCAUGUGAAACAAACCAAAAACUUGUGCCACAAAGUCACUUAAUUAAUGCAUAUAUAUGAAAUUUAGAAAGAUGGUAACGAUAACCCUGUAUGAGAGACAGCAAAAGAGACACAGAUGUAUA